GAUAUUUUUGAUGACACUCAAUAGGAAGCAAAGUAUUCUCGUCGCUUCAUAACAUUAAGGUUGAACCACUGCAGUCACAUUGACUAUAUGUCUUUACUGCCUUUCUGGGCCUUGAAAGUGAUAAUUGUGUUGCAGUCUAUCGGAGGCCAGAAAGCUCACGGAUUUCAUCAAAAAUAUCUUAAUUUGUGUUCUGAAGAUGAACGAAGGUCUUACGGGUGUGGAACGACAUGAGGGUGAGUACUUAAUGACAGAAAUUUCUUUUUUGGGUGAACUAACCCUUUAAGAAGUGUUAUUAGGUGCAUGUUGUAGUCAUAGUAUCAGUAACCUCAUCUUUACAGAAAUGAUACUCACGUUGUGAGUCUGUUGCAUAGCUAAUCUCUUCUUAAGAGGGAUAUCUGGUGACGGUAGACUGGGUAUUAAUAUGUGCACUCACAAAAAGAUUGUCCUUAUGUUGAGGACAGAUAUACUGCAGUGAAUUCAAUCAAAACAGUGUUGCACUGCAAAUGAUAAACAAAAAAAGCAAUGUUUGAAUCAAAAUGUACUGUACACAGAUAAUAAGUUCCAGGAUUUCAUUCUGUGACCUUCUGGUGAGUGUAAUUGACUUGCAUGGGUCCUGCACUAAUUUUAAAAAGGAAAACUGUGUUCAAAUGUUCAGAUAAAUGUACAGAUCAUAGAUCAUUUCCCCCCUUUAAUGGUCAACCUCCUUCUCCCCUGGUUUAAAGUUGGUUACACAGAUGCAUUGUGUGUGUUAAGCCGGUGUAAUGCUCAGGUGAUGAAUGCACACUGUGGGAUUAUGGAGAGGCGCUGAGGUGUUUUGUAGUUAAGACUUCCAUAUUGUCCCAGCACUUCUGUCCAUACAGCCUCCUCAACAUGAAGACUCUCCUCGCCGUGCUGGUCCUGUUCACCGCUGUGCUACACAGUGAGGGGUUGAAGUGUUACACAUGUGUAGCCAAGAACAUGGAGGAGUGUAACCAGCAGGGCUCCACAGUGUGUCCUGCUCAUUCAGAUGCCUGCUCUACUAUCACAGGACCCAACUCUGUAAUGAAGUCAUGCGCUUACAAGUCUUUCUGUGACAAGUCUCACAUGAGCAAUGGUGAGGUGAAGCUGGAAUGCUGCUUCAACGACGACUGUAACGGCCCCCACCGGUCCCACAGCCAUGGAGAGCACAACACCGCCAUGACCCUGAGCUCCAGCCCUGUCCUGCUGCUGGGAGUCCUGCUCAUUAGACUGGCUGUCAGUUCCCUGUAAACCCUGAACACAGAGACCUUUAGUCAUACAUGUGAAAUAAAUCCCCCUCAGACUUAUUUAAUAUCACUGAUAGUCUAGAUAGAUGUGCUUUUGUCUGUUGGGCAGCAGCAUAAUCUGUGUGUUCAUGCUGUUUCACAUAAAGGGGGUUAAAUAAACACUGCUUAGAUUUUGUGUUUAUCUCUUUUAUUUUCUGUUGUACAGGAGCUCAAAUGAGCAUCUGCUGAACU